ACUACCUGUCCGUUUCUGGACUGUCUCCGAGGUCCUAACACGUUACAAAAGGUCCGAACAAUUCCGAACGAGGUCCGAACACAUUCCUAUCGAGAUCAGAGAGUUUCAAACGAGGUCCGAACAAGGUCCGAACACGGUCCGAACACUGAUUCCGAACUGUGUAGGUCACGUGACCGAGGAGGAGUGGUUAUCAUGGUGGUUAUUGCUUUAGAGUGGCAGCCAUUCUUUUCCACCGCAUCACAACAGACUCGGGGAAAAAGAUGACUAAGACAGGAAAGCCAGACAGCUACUUGAGGGACCUCUGCAUAAAAUAUGCCCAGGGCCAAUUCCGCUUCUCGACUGGCAAACGGCCAGGGGCCAAGAAAUGGAAAAAGGCCUUGGAGAGCCUCGAUGCUUGCCCCCUGCAGAGCCAUAGUGCUAGUAAGGAUCUGUUCGGGAGAAGCCUUCAGUGCUCCUGUGGGUUCCACAAGGUAUGUGAAAUUAUUUUCCCCUGUGGGUUCCACAAGGUAAGUGAGUUAUUUACUAAUUGAUUGUUUACAGGUUUGCUUGUUCUUUCCUCUGGUGGGCUUCAGUGAUUUUGCAGUAAUGCCUGAUGUAUUUUAACAACUGGAGAAAACUAGUAGUGUAGGAUUCUUAGGUGUAUGUAGCAUGGCCCCUCUUUGUGUACCCCCCCCCCCCCCCCCAGCCAGCAGAUCUGUCAUCAAGAGCUGGGUCCAGUGAGGCAGGAGUAGUUGAGACGGAGGCAGGGCGAGUCCGAGUCGGCUCAGAGGCAGGAAGAGGAGACACGGAUGCAGGGGGAGCCCGGUCCCACACAGAGGCAGAGGCAGAGGCAGGGAGAGGAGACAAGGAGGCAGGGAGAAGAGACACAGAGACAAGGAGAGGAGUCACGGAUGCAGGGGGAGCCCGGUCCCACACAGAGGCAGAGGCAGGGAGAGGAGACAAGGAGUCAGGGGCAUCAGUGGCAGGACAGGAAGUGCAGUGCUAUGGGUGCAACCAGCUUGUGGAGGCAGCACAUUUUUCAGAGCACCUGUCUGACCACCAAACUCAGGAUACGUGUGACACCUGUGGGGCCAAGGUGCUGGGUACUGUUGAUCUUUUGAACCAUAUUCAACAGGUUCACUAUGCAGGAUUCGUUAUGCCAUCAAUGCAAAAGCCAACAGUACAAACACCGAAGCCAACGCCAUCACCACCGAAGCCCACACUACUACCACCGAUGCCAACGCCAUCUCUGCUCCCUCCUUCAAAUAGCUGUGCCACGCCACACCACACUGCAACUCCACCUAAACCAUCUCCAGUAGUUUGGAAAGGUUUUCUUCCCGAUCAAUUUCAAAGUAAUCCAGGAAGCAGAUCAGGUGUGGAUUGCAAAGUGCCUAUAUGAGCCUACAGGUCAGCUGAAGCAGAACUUUGAAGCCUGCUGGUUUCACCCCCCACUGGAGCCCAAACCCUCUCGUCCUGAGCCUGGGUGGUACCACCGGCAGAGGCUGUUCAUCUGGGCACCCAUGAGGAUGUGGGGGAUUUCCUUAAAAUGAACAGCUCCGGUAUAUAUAGAAAGGUCAGGGAGGUGAUUGAUGUGGAUAGCCGCUACUACCUAGUGGGAGGGGACUAUCCGUGUUCGAACCCUUCACUCUUAGUCUGCCCAUGGAGCCAGGAUAUUCUCUCCCAGUUGGAUGUGGCACACAGGAGCCUGUUCCCCGCUGUCCUCACGACCCAGCUGGCUCUGGACAGGAAAGGUGUGACUUUCCUCAAGCCAAGGACCAGUGGAAACAGUUCCUCCUACGUCCAGUCUGCAAUGGAAGAAGCGCACAGUGAGGAGUGGGCACGGCAGACCAUCCGCUACCUCUCGGACUGUGAGCGCCACAAGAAGAUGGCUACGUUCAUCCCCUCUGCAGCUGUCUAUCUUCCUCCACCAACCUUCAGGCCCCUUCCACUUGCUCAAUGGUUUGAGACGGUCCACUCCAACGACAUUCUCAGCCAUCUGGAUGAGAUGAAGGGAGUGAUCACUUCUACCUAUGGUAGAAUUCUGAAGAUGGAUUCAACAAAGAAGAUCACCAAGAAGCUGGCUGGCGGGAUCGGGGACAGUGCUGCAUGGAUAUCCAAUAUCGGAAACGAGUUUGGCCAGGUCCUGAACUCUGUUCUGACGUCGGGUGAAGGUGCAGGGUUGGAAGAGUUGUGCCAAGGCGUCGUCACUCGGUACAAGAAUGCAGGCCAAGCUGAACCUGAGGCCAUCUAUGUCGACCGAGACUGCUGCAGCCAGUCAGGUGUGUCUUCAGUGGCUAAGCUGUUUCACCCAUGGCAAUCUGCAGUGCGCUUGGACAGCUUCCACUUUAUGAGACGCUUUAACUGCGGCCUCACAACAGAACACCACCCUCUAUAUGGCAUCUUUUGUGCCAAGCUUUCCUCCUGCAUUUUUGCAUGGGACCAGGAGGAUGUGCAACGCCUGAAGGAGGCCAAGAGAGCAGAGUGGAAGAGCAGCCACAGCGGGCAUACUCCCACUGAGGAACAGCUCAUGGCCACCAUCAGUCCAGGCGAACUGAAGAGGCACUGCAGGAGGAGGACCCGUGGAGUGGAGGAGAUACGGGGCAUGAUCUCAGGGCUGCUGGAAUCGGUGUGGGAGCUGACGGACACCACAGGGCUGCGUCUGGUGAGCCAUGACAGCAUGCGCCAUGUCUGGGAAGUACAGCAGAAGCACCUGGAGUGCCUCCAAGACCCUGCAGGUGUUGCACUGUACACGAAGGUGGGGACACUCCAGAAGGGCGGCAAAGAGCUGGACAUCCUAAGGUGUGGUAGGGGGUCCUCCUCCCUGGAGAGGACCCCCACUGUCGGGUAUUCAUGUGUAUUCACUUUACAAUAA